UCAACUGGGCUCGAUUACUCUCCCAUCCUGGAAGGCCUGAUCCUCAUAGGCCACGCUGAGCUCAGGGUCCAGCGGGGCAGUGAGGAGGACCCCUGCACGGGCUCUCCUGGGGUUAGGAGGGAGGGUUAUCCUGGGAGAGGUCUGAGCUCACACACACACACACACACACACACACACACACACACACACACGUCUCCAUGGAGGGCCACUCCACCUCUGGGCUCCAGAAAACCACAUCAGCUGGGUACCGACUGCCCUCCACCAGGCCACCAACCUUAGUCUCCCCUACUGCCCGGGGUGGCCCCAUGGUGGCCAGGGGACGCGCUCGCGGCCUGGCCCUGGGGGCUGAUGGUGUGCAGCAGGACCAGCUGUGGAGAGAACUCCUGGAGGCCGAGAGGCGGAGCCAGCAGCGCUGGGCUCAAAAUUGGAGUUUCCUGAAAGACCAUGACCUCAUGGGCAAUAAGAAGGAACCUGAGAAGCUGCCGGAGCACGUGCCUUUCUUUUCUGACACUGUCCCCAAUUCCACGAACCAGGUUGUGGGCAGCAGGGUGGACACGCCCCUGGGGAAAACCCUCAUCAGCCUGGACUUCUUCUUCAUGGAAGGAGUCCGGAAGAAGAAGCUGGAAGAUGAGCUGCAGCCCAUCUAGGAGGAGGAGGGCUCUCAGGGCUGCCCCAGCUUCUAGAGGCUGUCCACUUUCCUUGGCCGGUGGCCCCCUACAUCUGCAAAGGCAGCAUCACAGCAUUUCCAACCCGAGAGGACCUGAGAUGAUGCGGUGCCGGCCGCCCCUGGGAACCUGGUAUCUGGGUU